AUGGCAACUGGAGGACUGAAGGAUUCAAACCGGGACAAUGCGGGCGACUUUAUUGGAGAAUGCUCUGUGACACAAGCAUUGAAAACCAGUCAUAUCAGCUUAUCAUCCCAACCAAGGCCACUCAUCCUGAAGCUGCUCGUAUCCGUGGAUCUACCACAGACUGGAGAUGAUAAGGAGAAGCCUCUCCUCAGUGGACUGGACUUCCUGACGGACGGGAGACUGGUAGCCGUGGAUAGCUGGAACAUGAAAUGUAUCAUACUGAAUGAGCGACUGCAGAGACUUGGAACACCGUACAAGUUCAAGAAUCACCCAUACAGCGUAGUAUGUGUGUCUCAUGAUACACUGUGUGUAACGAUUGCUGGUCAAUUAGUAUAUCUCCUGUCUGUGAGUACAGACAAUACCAUCACACUGACCAGGAAGAUCACAACAUCAUCCGAGUUCGACUCUAUAUGCUGCAUGUCUCCAUCUAACAUGGUCGUGAGUACGUUCGAUGAUCCCCGUCCUGUGAGAAUGAUAUCAGUGGACGGGGUUGAGACAGACUUUGAUCACAUCCUGACGUUUCCAAAGAAGACUUACAAAGCUGAUGAGAGUGCGUGCACGUAUGUCCAGUCUAAGAACACGUUAGUACUGACUGACAGGUUCGCUCAUACGGUAUACAUGCACGACACCUUGAAAGGCACAUCUAGAGCAGUCACUAAUGAGAACAUACAGGAGCCUAGGGGUGCCUGUGUAGGGCCUGGUGACACGGUGCUGGUGUGUAGUGAGAAUAAGAACUCCAUCGUGCACCUGACCAUUGACGGUAAAAUACUCGGUACAUACCCAGUGGAUAUGAAGUACCCGUACACCAUAUGUGUGUCUAGGGAUGGCACCAGGCUGGUGGUGUCUAACAGCGCUAUAGGCGUCAGGAAACUUCACUUGUAUAAGAUAUCACCGGCAAUGAGUUAGCUGACUAGUAAGAUGUAAAUGUUAUCUGUGUGAUCAGGCUUUCUACACCAUUAUUAAAUAUUGACUUUCGUGUAUUGUUUGUGUUAAAUAAACUCGGAAUACUAUUCCGAUUUAUUAAAAUUAAAUAGAGUUGUAAUAAGGUUUUAUCGUUGAAGAAUUUCAAAAGGUUUCGAACUAACUAUGUAUUGUGCAUGUAUUAUAAUGCAAAAUGUGUCUUUAUACUUACCUUCAAGAACUAUUUUAUUGUAUAUUUGAAGACAUUUAAAUAUAUUGUAUAUGUAAUUCUAUUUAAAUUCGCAUUUCAUGCAACGUAACCGGUGUGUACGGUAGUUAGGCGCGUUAAAUAUUUCUAAAUGUAUGAUAAUUUUUGAAAAUAAUAACUAUAACUGAACACUGCUAUGCAUAUGUUUUCUUAAUGCCAUAAACAAUUUGCGUUCAUUCAAAAUAAUGCUUGUUAAGCCAACAUACACAACAAGACUUAUUAUUGAGUCGCGUUCCAAGAAAACUGGGCUUAAUGCAUGUGCGUAAAGUGUCGUCCCAGAUUGGCCUGUGCAGUCCGCACAGGCUAAUCAGGGACGACACAUUCCGCCUAAUCUUGAUAUCGGUAAAAAGGGACUUCCUUGCAACUAAAAAUUCCGUAAAAACGGAAAGUGUCGUCCCUGAUUAGUCUGUACGGACUGUACAUGCAUUAAGCUUAGUUUUCUCAGAACAACGCUCAAUUAUCAACAAAAUCGACUAGAACUCGAUUUCCCAGCGUGUCACGUCUGCUUGUCAAUAGUCUAAGAUGCCUUGUAUCGUUUCAAUGUAGAGGAUUGUUUGUUUUCAAAUAAAUUAGCAAAACGAUUAUAUCAAAUUAAUUAUAUAAUAUUUUCUUAAUCUUAGCUUUGUUAUUAUUUUAUUUUAAAAUAAACCAAUAGUUUCAUUU